AUGAGUCCACGAACAUUUUACGUACUGGCAAAGAGCGACCCUCAAACCCUAGGCGUCCCACGAACGAGCACACCGAUCUUUGGAGAGCUUGUUUGUAAGGGGGCUCUUCAUCCUGGCCAACCACGUGCCCGCCCGUUUGCACAGGAGCGCGCGACGGGCGGCCUGGACGGAAACCUUUCCUCAUGCGUGCGGGCUCUGUCAGAGCUGUCACGGGGAGCUGCAGGACAAGCGCGGCUCUGGCGCCGACGAUCCAACGCCGCCUCUGACGCAGCCGAUGAAGCAGAUCGACAGCCACAAGCCUGUGCGGUGCGUGGGACGCACGAUUGGUCGGGCCACCCGGCACAUAGCACACACACUACUCACAAGCUGCACCUCGGCCGCGUUCUAGCGCCGCGUAGCGUGCGUUGUUGGAUCUGCCGCGUUGUUGGUUCUCAGCACAUGUCAGUCCUGGGAUUGAACUUACGAGCUCAUGGCACGGCGAGCAGCUCGAAGGGGCCCUGGACUCGGUCGCGAAGAAGCGGAUGCAGAAUCGUAACGCGCAAAGAUUGUAUCGUAAGUCACCACUCCAUAGCUCCUUGCCAAGCGCGCCCGGCCCAACUAAUUGCAAAAGGCCAGCGUCAGAAGCUCCGGAUGGAGGAGCUCGAAGCCAAAGUCCGCAUGCACGAACAGCAAGCGGUUGGGCGGUCAUCUCCGAAUUGGCAUGCCGGUCAAGACCCUCGGCACCACAUCAACCAAGAACCAUCGUGGGUCAAGGCGGACGAGUGGCCACGUAGCCCGUUACGGGUCUCGCCGGCCGGCCCGCCAGCGCUGUCUUCCAAAGCCCGUGACAAGCAGACCGCUCCGUCACCGCCAAUGCAGGCGCCGUGGUCCGCGCGCGGAUCUGCCGAAUGGGCGGAAUAUCGGCCAUAUGACAUCGCAGACUCAACCGACCCCGAGAGUGCCUCCGAGAGCAACGGUCGCCGCCGUCUGUCUACCAGCACGGCAGGUGGCAGCUCCCGCACGCGGAGCAGCCGCAGCAACGCGGCCUUCUCCGCGGACACAGGGCCUUCACCUUCCGCACUACAAGAUCCACUCCGAACCCGCUCGCGGCACGAUGCGUCUCCGCGUCAGUCUGUGCUUGUGCAUGAUGCCAAUGCAAACGUCGUGCAACAGCAGCAACAUGGUCAAGACUUCCACGAGAUCGACCUUGGCGUCGAUCUUCCCGUCCUGUUUCCCAGCGACGAUAAUAACUUCGUGAACUUCUCGUUCGACCGUGAGCCGGCUGCAUCCGCCCAGAAUGUCUUGGAAGACGAGUUUUUGGCCCAGAUCAAAACGACAUUGCAGUGUGAGCUCGACCCGAUGGACGUUGCUUUUACCGGGCCAAAUAUCGACCCCGUCACAUCACUGUGUGGGCCGACCACGAGUACGAUCGACUGGAGCCAAUGUGACUUUCCGCAUCUCGAGGUCGACGAUGGCCAUCGAAAGACCCAUUCGCGCAAUGAUUCUGUCAUCGCAGACGUAGACGCCACGGAUGUGUCCCCUUGUUCCGGCCGCAGCACGGCUACUCAUGCUUCGCAACAGGAACGCAUGAAAUACAUCGCAGAAUGCGCCAAGUCUGCGGGCUUUCAGGAUUUCGAUGAGGCCAUAGAGGCGUACUACAACUCUCGUUUCAACGAACUAUCCGACCUCUGCGCGAUGCAAAAGCUCAGUCGCAACAGACAUUUGCCAGAGGUGUUGGCGGAGAUACGGCGGGCAGCGCAGCGAUGGACUAAAUGGGAGCGCCAUGGUUUUGAGCAGGAAAUGGUACGGUGUGCGGAAGAGAUUUUAAAGGGGGAGUGCGAUGCUUUUCACACACUGAAUAGUGAAGAUGACGGAGAAACUACCCAAGACGCGGGAAAGCGUGCUGGAGUGGUCUCGCACGCUCCUUCACCUGACCUGGGGAGCGUGUCGCAGGGUUGGCCGAAGUUCGGGUGGACGGCGCGGGUCCCUAACCUGUUCUCCGUGGUCCUAAGUAUCUGUGCCGAGAGCGACAGUCCCUCCUCCGACGGCGGCUUACGCUCUGCCCUUACAGUCAUGUCCACGAUCUGUGGACAUUCUGGCUAUUAG